AUGUAUAAACAUUUAUUGAAAUUACGCUAUGCAUAUCACCCAAGUAUUAAAUUUACCCAUGUUCAUCCUUCAACCUAAUAUACCCCCAUCAAAAUGACAGUCAGAGAAGCUAUCAACCUAGCGAUGGAUGAAGAAUUGGCUCAUGACCCAAAUGUGUUUUUACUUGGAGAGGAAGUGGGACAAUAUUAGGGUGCCUACAAAGUAUCAAAAGGAUUAUUCUAAAAAUACGGUGGAGAUCGAGUUAUUGACACACCAAUUACUGAGGCAGGAUUUACAGGCAUAGCUGUAGGAGCAGCCCUUUAUGGAUUGAAACCUAUCGUUGAGUUUAUGACUUGGAAUUUUGCAAUGCAAGCUAUCGAUCAUAUAAUAAACUCUGCAGCUAAAGCACAUUAUAUGAGUGCUGGUGAUUAGAAGGCUUCAAUAGUCUUUCGAGGAAUCAAUGGUGCUACAGCUUAUGUUGCAGCCUAACAUUCUUAAUGUUUUGCUUCAUGGUAUAGUAAUGUACCUGGAUUGGUUGUGUUAUCUCCCUAUGAUUGUGACGAUGCCAAAUCUCUUCUCAAAGCAGCUGUGAGAAAUCCAAACCCUGUAGUAUUCUUAGAGAAUGAAAUCCUCUAUAGUGAAUCCUUUGAACUCUCAGCUGAAGCCAGAGAUCCUAAUUAUUUAGCACCCAUAGGAAAAGCCAAGAUCAUGAGACCAGGAGAUCAUGUUACUAUAGUAGCCUUUUCAAAAAUGGUUUAAUACUCUCUCAAGGCAGCUGAGUAACUGUCCAAUGAAGGAAUUAAUUGCGAAGUAGUUAAUUUAAGAAGUUUGAGACCAUUAGAUAGGGAAACAAUUCUUGAAAGCGUUAAAAAGACAGGUCGUCUAGUGUGUGUAGAAGAAGGAUGGCCACAGUCUGGCAUUUCAGCUGAAAUUACAGCAUUAAUUAUGGAGGCAGGAGCAUUCAAAUACUUGGAUGCACCAAUAUAAAGAGUGACUGGUGUAGAAAUACCAACUCCUUAUGCUUUUAAUUUAGAGGCUAUGGCAUUCCCUAAAACUGAAUAAAUUGUUGAUGCAGUAUAAAAUGUCUUAAAGGGUGUUCGAUGAUUGAUUAUUAGACAUAAUAAUACAUAUAAAUUAAGAAAUUUCAUUAAAAGUUUUU